AUGUUCCAAGUGGCUUUAGGAAGCAUCAACUUUUUGAAAGAUUCCUCUGACUAUGAGAAUUGCCUUGUUCAAAUGUUUCAUGCUGGAAGUCCAGAUUCUGUGAAAACCCAUGUUGUCAAGGAAAUGACAAAAUUUAAUAGUCACUUGCGCCUUCUCAUAUGCACUAUAGCAUUUGGAAUGGGCAUUAACUGCAAGGGAGUUUAUCGCAGCAUUCACUUUGGCCCUUCAACCACAGUAGAUAACCUUGUCCAAGAAACUGGAAGGUUGGGAAGAGAUGGUAAACAGUGUUUCUGUUAUGUCCUAUUCAACGGUCUUCUUAUGGCUCAUUGUGAUAUCAAAAUUAAAGAGCUUGUUGAAACAGAAUGUUGUAGAACAAAGUUCAUUCGUCAGCUUUUUCCUGGAGAUGCACAUGAUUCAAACCAGCCAGGCUGUCUUUGCUGUGACUGGUGUAGCAAAAAGUGCACCUGCUUAGACCAUGGAACCAUACCCGGUGUCUCAUUCGAUAGUGAGGCUACUGCUGAAAAAUCUAAAUCUCGAAAACGUUUUGUGAGAAAAGAUCAGAAAGAGGAACUUGAGAAAAACUUUUACAAUAUAGGAAAUGUUUAUUGCCAUCAAGUACAGAUAAAUUUAUUCCUGUGGGUUCAACUGGAAUCUUAUUUGAGUUUGACAACUAUCAAAUUACUCAGGUGCUACAGAAUUGUGAUAGCAUUUUUAACAUAAAUGACAUUGCUGACUGUGUGGAAGUAUGGAGACAUGUACAUGCAAAUAACAUUUUCAAAUGCAUGAGCGAAGUACUUGAUGAUAUGGAUAGUUCAGACUUUCCCUUAUCUUUGUCUGAAGAAGAUUUUGAAGACAUGGAAGUAAUUGAUGAUGAUUGGGAAUUGAUUAGAGAUGAUUCAUCAAGGGCUGAAUUGUUUGAUAACUCUAAAUUUGAAGAGCUAACCAUGAUGACAAAUGAAAACAGUCAAAAUGAAAGCCUCAUUAAAUUUGGACCUGGAAACUUAAGUGGCCUGUUAGCUCCCAUAACUGAUGUUAUUGAUG